ACUUUAUCGAACUUUUGACACCACGAUGCAUGACAAAUGUCAGCUCAUGUCAGCUGUUGUUUAAGGUUAUGAUAUGUUAGAUCUUCGAAUAAAAUCUAGAAUCUUUGAAUUAUAUUAAUUAUAAUGAUCUGACGAUUAAGCUACACCAAAACAACCAAAAUGAGCCUUAUUAACUGCAGCUGUUUAAAAUUAGGAUUUGAUAGCUUCAAUGGAUUCAUAUAUAGAUUUUAAUUAUGAAAAUGGCUGAUAUUUCUGUAAUCAUACCUAUCCAUAAUGGUGAGAAAUGGAUCGAUGAUUGCAUGAAGUCAAUAGCUAGCCAAUCUGUUCUUAACACUACAAAGAGACUGGAAAUUGCUGUAUACAAUGACGGCAGUACUGAUAGAACUCAAGAACUAUUAGAGAAAUGGCAAGAUUACUUUACAUUACGGGGUGUAGGCUUUAUGAUAGCAGGAGGCAUAACAUCAAAAGGAGUUGGAGCUGCAAAAAAUGGUGCUGUUAAAAUAAGUUCUGGUAAAUUCCUAUGCUUUCAAGAUAUUGAUGAUAUUAUGCAUCCACACAGAAUAUAUUUACAGUGGAAAGCUGCAAAAUCUAAUCAUAAUGCGCUUAUUGGAAGCAGAAUAUCUAGAUUACCUAUAAAUUCAACUCCUCGCUAUUCUCAUUGGGCUAAUAGUCUUACCAAAACUCAGCUGAAGAAACAAAUAUAUACUUCUAAUGGGCCUACUCUCCUAAUGCCAACUUGGUUCUGCCAUAGAUCAGUUUAUGAUAAGGUUGGAGGUUUUGUUGAAACUGGACGUGGAACACCCGAAGAUCUGAUAUUUUUUUAUGAACAUUUAGAUGCUGGUGGAGAUUUACAAAGGGUGGAUAAAGAACUUUUAGUUUAUGUUUACCAUGAAGGUGCAGCUACAUUUUCUGUUAAAAGAGAACAGAUCUGGAAAAUACAACUUGACAGAAUACAAAAGCAUGUUUUACCAGAUUGGGAUCAUUUUACAGUAUGGAAUGCAGGAAAGGCUGGGAGAAGAUUAGUUCGCUCAUUGAGCCCUAAUAACUUGAAUAAAGUUGUUGCCUUCUGUGAUGUAGACAAAAAUAAAAUAGGUCAUUGUGUUGAGCUGUAUUGUCCUAUUGAAAGAAAAGUAAUUAUAAAACUGCCUGUAAUUCAUUUUACUGAGGCAAAACCGCCUUUAUUAAUAUGUAUUAAACUAGAUCUAAGUAAGGGGGAAUUUGAAAAAAAUCUCGAAUCAUUGAAUCUCGUUGAAGGAAAUGAUUAUGUUUUAUUCAGUUGAUAUUUUACAAUGUAGAUUUGACAAUGUAUUACAUAUAAUAUAUUAAAACUGUAUUACUGUUGAAAAAA